GAUUGCAAUGAGGCAUAAGAUGAAUUAUCAUAAUUUUGGAAUAUAUUAUACUGAGAGUGAUAUUUCAGAUUCUGAUCUUGACUCAGAUCCAGAGCCUGAACUUGAAACUCUAGCUUCUACACCCAAGCCAAUUAAUAAGAAUAUUUCUGAAAUUGAGGAUAUCUAUGACUUAUAUAGGAGUAUCUAG